CCCUGGAGCACCCCGGGGUGACGUGGGGAGCAACGCCGAGCCUCGAGCUUCCUUUAAGCUCACGUUGACAUUGGUGAAUGUGUUUUGAAAGCAUCUCUUCCUGCAAGUAGAGGCCAUGGCCAGCGCAGGGGGAGCACAGGAUGGGGUUUCACUGAGCCCCCAGCAGUGCCAGGAGAUGGGAACGGAGCCCCGCAGGCCCCCACCGCUGCCAGGAAAAGCUUGGAGGUAACAAAACUGCUCUGCAAACAUCUCCCCAAAUGCACUUCCCGGCUGCACCCGCUUAGAAUGCUCCAGCCCAAAGCGUUGCACCGCAGUGAGACUUGUGGUUGCAGCAGGGCAAUAUUGUUCCCCGGGGCAGGGGGGAGGGAGGCAAAUCUGGGCUGAAGUCUGAUGAUGCUGGAAGCAGAAAACGGUGGGUUUUGGGAAAGUCAGCGUUGUUUCAGUACUGCUUAUAGCAGCAGGUUUGGAGGUGCAGGUUUGCACCGAGUCUGGCCAGAAUGGGGAAGUGCAGCCCCAUGGGUGGCCCCUUCUCACUGCUCCCCAUCCCCGCUCCGUGUUUGUGUGCUCCCCUCUUUGUGCACAGACCUCUGGAUCCCCCAGCCCCCGUCCUUGCUUGGGCUGGGAGGGAAGUUUUCCUGCUCUCACUCCAUACAUCCCCCCCAUCCAUCAUCUACCUUGUGGCCACCAACCACAGGGACCAGCAGGGCAGACCUGGGGUGCACCCCAUCCUUCUGCAAACACCCACCGGCGUGCAAAGGCCCCAUCAACUUCCACCAGCAGAACAGGGCGUGCAGUCACAGGAAACCCAAACUCCCUGCUUUUCACAAAAGCACGCAGACACGGCCUCCCUGUCCACUGCUUCCCCUUUUUCUUUACUCUCUGGAGCCGACAGCGGAAGCCCCUCGGGGGGCCGUGUGCUGACUCCCAGCUCUGUGCAGGGCCAUGGCACGCGCCCGCUGUGCCAGCCUGGACCUGGGGGGUUCCAUAGCAAACACCCCCGUGUUGGACACCCUGGAGGAGCACCCACCUCAGACCCCCACCUCAGCCCUCAUCUACAGCAACGUGGGAGAGCUGCGUGCCCACCUCGUCCCCACCAAGGCCAGCCGAGGGGACGGAGCCAGGAGAGCCCCCCCGCAGCCCAGCCAUGACCCCCUGCCUCCCCCCUUGCCCCAAAAGCAGCUGCAGCGAGCUGAGUCCCUCCCUGAGCCAGGCACAUGGCAGCCCUACCACCAAGACCCCCCGCAACAACUCGGCAGCCCUUGGCCUCGACAGAAGGAUGGGGCACACAGAAAACCCCUGACCAAAUCGCAGAGCCUGGGGGACACAAGGGGGGUGGUUCUGAUGCCCAACCUGGCAGAUCUGACAUUUGGGACAGGGGAUGCGGUGCUGGGCCCGAUCCUGCAGGGUCUGGAGGACCGGACAGGGCUGUGCGAGGCCAUGGUGGGCUGCCAUGCUGCUGGCCUGGCCCGGCUGUGUGCCCGUGCCAUGGAGGGGCUGAUGGGGUCCUGGGGGGGGCUGCAGGCCAAGCUGGCAGGGCAGGGCUGGGCUGCACUCAAGGUGCUGCAGCAGGAGCCAUGCUGCCAGAGCGGGGAUGCCUGGUAUUACCGUGUGGGGGUCACUUUUAGGAAAGAACAGCUGGAGCUCGCAGCCAAGGUCCUCAAGCCAGGCUGCUGCAGCACGGAGAUGCAGAGCUCCCUUGGAUCACACUGCAGCAUCCAGCGCAUCAUCAGCCGCUUCACCGACCGCCUCCCGGGGGCAUUGGUGCUCCCAGGUCACCCCAGUGAGCGGGGACUGUCCCCAGGCUGCCCUGCUGUUCCCCGUGUCCUGCAGGUCCUCCUUUCCCCAGAUGUGCCCUACCAGACCCUGGCAGGGUUUGUGGAGAGCUCCCGUGCAGUGCAUAGGAGCAGCCCUGGGCACUAUGAACGCCUGGCAUGCCUGCUCCUCCUGCAGCUGUGCACAGGGCUGGAGCACCUCAGGGUGCAGAAUGUGGGGCAGGGUGACAUCUGCCCUGAGAACCUGUUGCUGGUGCAGUGCCCGUGUCCCCCUGGCAGCCAGCAGGACAAGGAGGGGUCCGUGGGGCUGUCCCUUCCAAGGCUGCUCAUCAGCAACUUCUUCAAGGUGAAAGAUAAGACCAGGCCUUGUUCCACCAGCCAAGAGUGGGACUGGACCAAAGGGUCUGCUGCUCUCCCCACCCCGAUGGCAGAUGAGCUGAACGUAGGCAUGCUGAUCUAUAAGAUCUUGCACGUGGAUAUCUCCCUGGAAAAGGCUUUGGAUCUGAGAAGAAAUCAGCUUCCUGCAAUCCCCUCCCUGUCCAUCUAUUCCACGGGACUCAAGCAUUUGACCACACUGCUUCUCCACCGAGAUCCAUGCAAGAGGGUCUCCAUCAAGGAAGCCAGGCACAUCCUGCAGGUCCUGCUCUGGGGGCCUCGCCAGGAGCUCUUUGCUAAGAGCAGGAAGACGCUGGCCCUGCUCCAGAGCUGGCUGGAGAUGAAGAGAGCAUUGCUGCUGCUGAAGUUGGCUGAGAAGGCGGCCGGAGGGAGCCCUGGCCUCGAGGACUGGCUGUGCUGCCAGUACUUUGUGGAGGCCACCGAGCAGAUGCUCUACCAAGUCACCCAGACUCUUUACAUGCCAUAAAGACCAACCUGCCCAGGAGGCUCCCCAAAGCCAAGAGCCCAUGGAGGCUCCAGCUCUUAUCUCCCCAACUAAAGCCAGUCCUGGCUGGAAAAAUUCAUUUCCAAAUCUGAAACUGCUCCCACACAGCACGUGAACAGAUCUAAGCAAGGACCAAACCCUCAGCGCAGUACCUUGGCUGCCACGAUGCAGAUGUGUUUUUGCAUCCUCAGCUGAUUUUUGUUCAGUGCUUUGAGACCAGCUUAUCAGAGCCUCUCAGCAAAGAUAGCUGGAUGGAAGGCACAGGAUGAAGCAGCAGCUCAGCAGCUCAUUGCCCUGAGUUAAAGCAAAUAAAGCUCAGGCUUUUCCCAAAAAUCCCUCUUCUUGCAUGGCUGCUGUCAUUGUUUUAGAUAACAAUAAGAAGUCAUACAUUAUUGCUCACUUAAGACGCACUUAUGGGAGGAGAAACGCGACACAUCAUACAGCCGUGUCCUUUUUAGGAACAGCUUGUGGCAUAGUCACAAAUAGACUCGGAGGAGGAAAUAAAGCAGCCACACAGCUUCAAUAAAACCCAGAGCUGAGCCACUUAAACGCUGCUCCUUUCUGUGCUUUCUUACAGUGCUAUGCACCCUGGGGAUCUAACGUGGGAGGAUCAUGAAGCUGAAGUUCACUGCUCCGUGGCGAUGAGCUGGAGCUGCACUGAGCACUUGGGUUUGUAGCUGCUGGGAGAUGCCUGCAGGUCUGUAAGAGACCCACUCGAGGUCUACCAGGAGCCAGCAACCAGCACAUCCCAUGCAUUGCAUAGCAGUACCUCAAGGUGCAUGGGAUGUGGAGAAGUCCAUCCAUGAGAAAGACAGAAAUUUGAUCAUCCCAAAGGCCUGGCUGCAGCACAUGGGGUGGCAGAGAGGGAUUGGCACAUCAGGGGCACAAGCCGAUUGCACACAGCACUGGGCUGCAUGGCACCUCCUCCCCUUGCUGGGAAGCACUGCUCACUCGUGGGCAAGAUGCUUCCAUCUGACUCAGGCUGUGACUCAGCUGCGAGCAGUGCUGCACAGAGCCCCAUAACCACACCUGUCCCGGGGCGUGCGAACGGACACGUCUCAAGGACACGUUGCACGUGCACUCACUGCUCAGCACAGAGCAGCUCAGCACCUCGAUCCCCAACCCGGCCUGCACAGAGGGCGGGGUGUCAUGCAAGGCCCUGCUUGGGUAGCUGGUAUAAU